GAAUAAUUUUAUUUAUUACUUCCGAAGUACUUUUCUUUUUUGCUUUUUUUUGGGCUUAUUUUCAUUCAAGACUAGCCCCCACUCCAGAAAUUGGUAUAAAUUGACCUCCAAGAGGAAUCGUUCCGCUUAAUCCUUUUCAAGUCCCUUUAUUAAAUACAGCUGUCUUAUUAGCUUCUGGAGUAAGAGUAACUUGGGCUCAUCAUAGAUUACUUGAGGGUAAUUGAAAAAGAACAAACUAUGCUUUGACGGUCACAGUUCUUUUAGGUAUUUAUUUUUUUCUCUUACAAGCAGGGGAAUACAUAGAGACUUCAUUUACAAUUGCAGAUAGGUGUUAUGGGUCAACUUUUUUUGUUGCUACAGGAUUUCAUGGACUCCAUGUUUUAAUUGGAAGUACAUUCUUGUUGAUUACCUUAGUACGAAAUAUGAUGUAUCAUUUUUCUGCUAAUCAUCAUUUUGGGUUUGAAGCAGCAGCUUGGUAUUGACACUUUGUUGAUGUAGUAUGACUAUUUCUUUACAUUUCGAUUUACUGA